GCUCAGGAGGCAUAUUUCGAAGCACUUGCCUUCACAUGUCCAAUAUCAGUAUUUAAUUUGUUAUUGUGACUUUAAAGAUAGAACAUAAUUAAGUUUUGCACCAUGAAUCGUUCUCUAUAUCCCGCCUCGUGUCCUCCGAUUGUACACGUUCCUACUUGUAUAGUGAUGGUUGGUUUGCCGGCGAGAGGUAAAACCUACGUUUCGAGAAAACUUACCCGCUAUCUUAACUGGAUCGGCGUAAACACCAAGGUCUUCAACCUCGGGGAGUACCGCCGUGAAAUGGCUGGUGCUCACUGCAAACACUCGUUCUUCGAUCCAAGUAAUACGAAUGGAAUGAAUGUUCGUGAGAAGUGUGCCGAACUUGCUCUGGAAGACAUCACUAAAUGGCUGAGCGACAAGGGACAGGUAGCCAUCUUCGAUGCAACGAACACCACUCGAGCUAGGAGAAAGAAAGUCACGGAUCACCUCACCGCCCAUGGCUUCAAGGAAUUUUUCGUGGAGUCAGUUUGCGAUGAUAGCGAGAUCAUUCGUUCCAACAUUCUGGAAGUAAAGGUGAACUCCCCUGACUAUCAGGGUGUACCCCCAGAAGAGGCUCGCCAAGAUUUUGAGGCCCGCAUCAAUCAUUAUAACAAUUUUUAUGAACCUCUUUCUUUGGAUCAUGAUUCCAAUAUGCCCUUUCUGAAAGUGAUAGAUGGUGGAAAGCGAUUUCUGAUGAAUAAAGUUGAGGGAUAUCUACAGAGUAGGAUAGUGUACUACAUCAUGAACUUGCAUAUCACCCCAAGAGCCAUCUAUCUGUCAAGACAUGGUGAAAGCAUGAUGAAUUUACAAGGGAGGAUUGGAGGAGAUUCUGAUCUCUCUGAGAGGGGCUGGGAGUACUGCAAGGUGCUUGGAAAGUUUGUGAAAGAAAAUAUGCCAGAUGAUCUCAAAGUCUGGACCAGUGAAAUGAAGCGCACUAAUCAGACAGCAAGUGCCAUUGACCGGCCAAUCGAAAAGUGGAAGGCUAUCAAUGAAAUCGAUGCAGGUGUAUGUGAAGGAAUGACAUACGAAGAAAUACAGGAACAAUUUCCAGAAGCUUUUGCUAAGAGAGAUGAAGAUAAAUUCCACUAUCGCUAUGCCAGAGGGGAAUCCUAUGAAGAUCUUGUUGCCCGGUUAGAACCAGUAAUCAUGGAACUAGAAAGACAACACAAUGUGCUUGUGAUCUGUCACCAGGCUGUAGCUCGAUGCCUCCUGGCUUACUUUUUAGACCACAGCUCCAAUGAGUUGCCCUACUUGCGUGUCCCCUUGCACACCCUUAUAAAGCUCACUCCUGUAGCAUACGGUUGCCGUGUGGAAAAGAUUGAUUUGAAGGUUCCAGCUGUGAACACACACAGGGAAAAGCCGAAGGUUGUGACAGUGACCCGGUCCACUGAAGAUGCUUUGGAGACCGUCCCAGAACAUGAGUGACAUUGAUAGAAUGAUUUCAUCUUUCUCAAAUGAUAUAUCUUUGUUAAUUUUCUAGAUUUUCUCAAAUCUUUGAUAUUAUGGUGUAAAAGUGGACAUUUUGUGGGUUGCUAGGAGCCUCAUUCCAUAAGUUCUCAAGGGUGGAAGUGUGCCUAUUUCAGCAAGCAACCAUUCUGAACAAAAAAAAUUAAAUUUAUUAAAUUAUUUAUUCACACAGCAUUUUUGAUUCUUUUUUCAUCAUGUUGUUAUUGUUAAAUAGACAGAUCCCCUAUUUGGUUUAGAUAAAUAAUAAAAUUAUUUCAGUGUUAAGUUUAGGUCCAGGUUUCCUAAGUGUCUGUUCCACUAUCAUAGAGCAGGCAUGAUGUUUCAGUUGGUUCGAAAGGUCAGAUCUUGGGUUAUAAUAGGAUGAUUUGAUACAUUUUGUUAGCUUCUGCUUUAUGAUGUUUAUUAUUAAGGGGAGAGUGAAUUGAAAUUGCAAAGAUGGCUCUGAGCCUCAAAGUUUGCAUAUUAAUGACAGUAGCAUGAAAUGAUUUUUAUUUAUUUUUUAGGAGCCUGCAAAAUCACUGCUUCAUUUUUGUUUUCAGGCCAGCUUAGCUGUAGUUGUGGUGUCCUGUGGAUGUUACCUUUACCAAGGAUAUAACCCCCUUGAUAAACUUUUGAUAUUAUUAACCACUUAAAGGGUCAGGGAAGUUUUAUUCUUGAGUUUUAUGGACAAAAUGUUUUUUUUUUUCAUGCAGUGUAGAUACUUACACCUUAUUUGUAUUUAGAUAAAUGUAUUUAAUUUUGGUGAAAGACAUUCAGUGUCUCACUUUUAACAGUAAAAUUUCUAUUCACAAAUUUUUGCCAGACAGCUCUGAUUUAUUUGUAUAGUUGAUCUUGAGUGAGGUGUUUAUUUUAUUGUAUAAUAUUCUUUUAAACUUAAAGGUGGGUAGCAAAUGCAGGGAUCUGAUCAUGUUUCACUGGGACAUUUUAGAAAAAUUCACACAUCAGGUAUAUUUUAAACAGCAUUUCAGGUGUCACAAAAUUAAAAGGGAAACCUUCAAAUUUCUCUUCACCUGUUCAAGUUUUCAGGAAAAUCUUGAGGUCUGAAAUAAAUGUUAG